ACUGCCCCACAGGGGCCAGCCCUGCCUGCCGGGCGAGCGCAGGGGUGGGGUGGCCAAUGGGAGGGCGGCCACGGGCGGCGCGUCACUGUUUCCUUUCGCUUCUCGGUGCGAGAGGAAGUGGGCAGAGCAGAUGCAGCCAGGUGCACUGAGAGCUCAAAGCAGAGCAGACGCCGCCAUGGAUAAGGAAUACGUCGGGUUCGCCACCCUCCCCAACCAGCUGCAUCGGAAAUCUGUGAAGAAGGGAUUCGACUUUACUCUGAUGGUGGCAGGGGAGUCUGGGCUGGGGAAGUCCACGCUGAUCGACAGCCUGUUCCUGACGGAUCUGUACAAGGAUCGGACCCUGCUGGACGCCCAGGCGCGCGUCCCGCAGACCCUGGCGAUCGAGCGGCGAGCUGUGGAGUUGGAGGAGGGGGGCGUCCGGGUGAAACUCACCGUCGUGGACACCCCGGGCUUUGGGGACGCCGUGGACAACGCUGACUGCUGGGGGGCCAUAGUGGACUAUAUUGACCAGCAGUUUGAGCAGUUCUUCCGGGACGAGAGCGGGCUGAACCGGAAGAACAUCACGGACGGGCGGGUGCAUUGCUGCCUCUACUUCCUCUCACCCUUCGGCCAUGGGCUGCGCCCCCUGGAUGUGGCGUUCCUGCACGCCGUGCAGCACAAGGUGAACAUCGUGCCAGUGAUCGGCCGAGCCGAUGUGCUGACCCUCCGGGAGGUGGGCAUCAUGAAGGAGAAGAUCCGGCAGCAGCUGGAGGAAAAUGCCAUCAGCAUCUACCAGUUCCCCGACUGCGACUCUGACGAGGACGAAGAUUUCAAGGCCCAGGAUGCGGAGCUGAAGGGCAGCAUCCCAUUCGCCGUGGUCGGCUCCAAUGACAUCGUCCGGGAGACCAAGGAAAAGGCCUUCCGGGGGCGCGCGUACCCCUGGGGGGCUGUGGAAGUGGAGAACCCGGCGCACUGCGACUUCCUGAGGCUGCGCACCAUGCUGGUGCGGACCCACAUGCAGGACCUGAAGGAGGUGACCCAGGAGAUCCACUACGAGAACUACCGGGCCCACUGCAUCCAGAGCCUGACCCGCGUGGGCGCCCGCGACCGCGCCAGCCGCAUGAAACUGUCCCGGCAAAGCGCCACUGAGCUCCCGCUGCUGCCCCUGGCGGAGACGGACACGGAGAAACUGAUCCGGGAGAAGGAUGAAGAGCUGCGCCGGAUGCAGGAAAUGCUGCAGAAGAUGCAUGCCCAGAUCAAGCAGAGCCAGGGGGAGCAGUCGGACACCCUGUGAGGAUUUUGGGGUCCCCCUCGGGGGCAGUACCCCCUAUGGAGCCAGCAUCUUUUGGAUUUAGCAGCAGCAGAAGAGACGGGUGAUUCUCUGGGGCAGCCUAAGCAGCCCCCACAAAUCCCUGCUCACCAGAGGCCCCCCCAAGAACCCUAAAUUCCCUGUUCCACAGUCACCCCAUAUUCUCCCCCUUCCCGGCUUUGCCCCACCGCCUCCUUUAAUAAACUCACCUCUGUGUUUGCA